AUGUCAUUGGUUGAGACAAAAAGGUGGCAACAACUUUUUCACCAACUUUUUGUACUUUCUGUCAGCUGUGAUAGUGACUGUGAUAGUGACAGUCGUGAAAACAAUAUUGAUGAACUUGAGGUCAUGAUUAAUGAUUUCGAUUACCGCAGUAAAAUGGAUGUCAAUAGCAUGUCGGAUUACCUGUAUGAAAAUGAUACAUGUUUAGAGGUCCAAAUCUUAGAAGAAAUUGUGAAUAUCAUCGAAGAAAACAACGUUGAUGAUGAAGUUGAAGACGAUACAACAUCUUUGGAACCAGUUACUCGUAAGAAAGCACUUAUCGCAUCUAGAAGUCUUCACAAUUGUCUUGUGCAGUUCGAGAAGACAACACCAAAAAUUUUGGAUGCAGUCCGAAGUCAGCCAGUUUUUACCGAUUUUCAGUAG